AUGCUCCCGGAUUUCCUCCGUCCUCUCAUUCUCUCCGGCCCUUCUGGCGUCGGCAAAAGCACUCUUUUACAACGGCUGUUUGCAGAAUAUCCUGAUAAAUUCGGUUUCAGCGUUUCUCACACGACUCGCAACCCUCGACCAGGCGAGGUUGAUGGAAAACAGUACCACUUUGUGACGGUGGACAAGUUCCAGGAGCUCAUCAGACAAGGAGCCUUUAUCGAACACGCGCAGUUCUCUGGAAACUUUUACGGAACGAGCUUUCAGACUGUCAGAGAGGUAGAGAAGGAAGGACGGCGGUGUAUUCUUGACAUCGAGGCCCAGGGUGUACAACAAAUCAAGGCGACAUCACUCAAUCCGGUGUACUGUUUCAUCUCUCCCCCGACCAUGGCAUCGCUGCGCGAGCGAUUGAAAGGACGGGGUACAGAAACGGAAGCGUCGGUGGCGAAGCGGCUGGCGACGGCAGUGAGGGAGAUUGAGUACGCCAAGGAACCAAAUAUGCACGACUAUGUUAUCGUGAACGACGAUCUAGAGAGGGCAUACAUGCUCUUCAAGCAGUUGGCACUGGGAGAAAAGAUUCUGACCGAUACUCUGCCAAGAUUAGAUGACUAA